AUGGUCGCCUCUACAGAGCUUUCCGACUUUGUGCCUGUAUCGGACUGGCCCACCCUGGAAGAACUGGUAGCCGGAUUCCAGGAACACAUAAUGCCCGCAUCUUCAAAACUUGCCGGCAAUACUUUCGAUCACGUUUUCGAUAUAGGUCUUCGUAUAUCUCACGAAUUCCACGACUCAGAGACGCUCACUUGGAAAAUCCUCGAGGGAGACCAAGCCGGAGUCACCGGUGAUGCCCAGUACAGAGCCUAUGAAGUUCGAGCCGACAUCUACUUCGUUGAUUUCUACAAACCCGAUUAUAAGGAGCAAGUCAGCUUGAUUCUCGACAACACAACAGGCCAGUCGAUUGCGUGCGUCUCCGGUUUCAGCGACCAAACCAACGAGAGGAGAACAUGGACGAAGUUCUUCAACGCCAUCAAGAAUGACCGUGGCGACGUCAGACCAUAUGAGACUACCGAGGAGCUCAUCGGCAAGCACAUUCUGUACCGCUAUACCCCUCGCGAUGCCUACGAGCAUCUCUACCUCAACAAAGGCACCCUCAUGUGGCACUGCCUCAGCGGCACAGAGAAGGGCCUGGCAGACGCAGAGCUUUGCAAGAUGCUGAAGCUAAGCGAUAGUCUGUACUUGUUGUUUUGGACAGAGACUAUCAUGCCUGUCGAGUCUGUGGUUGUGGUUGACUUGCGCGAAAUGCGCUCGACCGGGCGAUUCUUCUGUUGGGAUCCCAAGCCUCAGCGUGAGGUUUGGGUUCGGUUUGGGUCGUAUGCCACAAUUUUGGCAGAGACCGACGCCGCCAAGGUUCUUGCCAAGCCAGUCACGAGCGGGAGGCUCUGA